AUGGACCUCGACCUGGACGAGAGCGAGCUAACGUCCAUCAUCAUCGGACGACAGAUGACAGGCGAAAAACUGCGUAACGAUAUGGCUGACCUCCUGCUGCCGUCAGGAACUGGCACGGCAGUCGGACUCAAUUCCACGGCUGGCAUCAACUCGACCGUCACUGCCACUGUCACUGCACCUACCAGCGACGGCAAUCAGGUCUCCCGAGGCGAGGUCUUCGGCCUCUUCCUGACGCUGUCGUUCUGCCUUCUCAGCCAGCCCCCGGGGAGCCUCAUCUAG